UGGAGUCAAUGGAAGUCGAGAGUGACUCUCCGCCUACAGAACAAGAUGAGCAAAGAGAAAUAGAAAACGAAACGCCUCAGACGAGGACCACAGGAGAACAACUCUUUGAAGAGAUUGUUGAAGAUACUGCAGCUGAAGAACUUGCUAAGAUCAACACCGAUCGCCUGAACCCCUCUCAGAAGAGAUCUCGAGACGAAGAACAAGAACCAAUGAUCGUAGGCGGAUACUCUAUGAGACGUACAGUUGGGCAGAGAGGUGCCAAAGUCCAACGGCUGGCAGCACUGAGGAGGAUCAGAAGAAAAGAGAAGCAAAGAAAACCCUCAGAAAAUGAACCAAAAUGAUCAGAAACCCUUAGAAAAGCGAGAAAACA